AUGACAGUCAAAGCAUCUCCGGUUUCGUUAUGGCGUACUGCUGCAUCGACUGCCGCAAUGGCGACCACAGGAAUUCUUAGUCGUUUAUUUCUUUACGGAACACAGCGCGUUAAAGUGGACGGAAUGGAUAAAUUUUUGGAGUUACUCAAAGCAAGGCGAAAUGAGCGGAAUGCGGGGCUGCUGACAGUGUGUAGGUAUCUGCUGGAUGAUCCAUUAAUAUGGGGGCUUUUGCCCUGUUCAUAUAUGUUCUCGCCACGGGAUUUGAGAUAUGGGCUAGGUAGUCAUGAUAUCUGCUUCAAGAACAAAGCAUUGGGCAGCUUCUUUGCAGCUGGCCAAGUACUUCCAACUUUUCGUCUCCAUAAAGACCCUCGGGGAGGCCUCUUCCAGCCUAGUAUAUCAGAGGCGAUUUCUCUGCUCGAUGCUCCUCAACAUCAUUGGAUGCACAUAUUCCCCGAAGGCCGCGUCCACCAAAACCCAAAACAUGAAAUGCGAUAUUUUAGGUGGGGCGUUUCUCGUCUGCUUCUGGAACCCGCUAUUCAACCUUCGCUGGUUCCCAUGUUCAUUACCGGCUUUUCCGACAUAAUGCACGAGUCUCGUGGCUUUCCGCGUUUUCUUCCGCGUGUGGGGAAAGGUGUAACUCUGCAUGUUGGUGAGGUUGUCCCGGAUUCUAGAUUCUUAGAUUUGAGAAGCAAGUGGCAUGACCUCAAAUACCGAUACUGCGACGACAAAGAAUACCUAAAGACCGGGAAAGAGGCUGUGGAGUUAAGAAUCGAGACGACGGGAAGGGUAAGAGAGGAGGUUGCAAAACUGAGGAGAAGAGUUGGAUUUCCCGAGGAGGACGAAGGUGCCGGUAAGGUAGAAACAUAUAGGCUUCAAGGGAUGGGGAUGAGGGAAGGGAAGUUGGCAGAUGGAACAUGGGAGAAGGAUACAUAG